AUGAAAAAACUGUUGAUUUUCUUAGCUCAAAUGGUGAUUUCUCAACAUCAGCAACCGCAUUUUUUAGAUCUAGCAUCAAUUUGUCAAGGAGUAAACGUCUGUCCUGGUGCAUCAAUCUACCACCCAAUCCAGAAGAAGUGCGUCUACCAAAAAGAGAUAAUCGAAUGUAACGCAGAAAAAAUCACUGUCCGCGUCCAUGUCCAGCAUGUUUUUCCGAAUCUUCAUGCAGCCCAGUGGAAGGAUAUUCGACUUAGAAUCGGCUCUUGCAUUGGAAAAACCGCGCCAAAAGAUGGCUGGUUUGAAGAGAAUUUUUCACUGAGCGAUUGUGGUACUUUUUGGUCGCAGAAUGAGACGGGCAUUGUUGCGAGAUGGACGGUUUAUGGGCUUGACAAGUUUUUCCUGACGACUGGAAUAGUCUUGACAAAAUCGAAAAAUUUCAACGCCGAAUGCCAUUACGACACUUACGUUACGACAAUGAGCAACAGCUUCCUCGUAAAUUUCAGCUCUACGCCACUUCUUGUUGGCGACACAAAUAAGCUCGAUUCACUUUUUUCCAUGUCUCUUUGGGGUCCGAAAAAACAAAUAACGAUCGGUGAAAGAAUAAGUGGAAAAGUAAGCACUACUUUGAAUCUUGGAACAACAUCCUACUCUUUCCAGCUGACGAAAUGCACGGUCUACCAAAAACCCGACAAAACCGGCUACAAAUUCGACAUCCUCAAAGACACCUGCAACCCAUCAUCAUACGUCGGUUUCACAUCGAACAAUUCCGUCAACGGCUCGGCACACUUUUCUUUCAUCAGUUUUGCGUUUACUGCUACGGAUCAGAAUCUCUACCUCGACUGUGGGGUCAAACUGUGCUUGAUUAAUCCAAUGACCAAAAAAUUUUUUAACCAAAACUGCAUCAAAAAUUGCCAUUUGUGA